AUGGUAUCAUUAGCAGCAAUAACACCUUAUUUCACUAUCUAUAGUUUCUUCAUCAUAUUAAUUAUUGGAACAAUUGGAAAUAUAUGUAAUCUUAUCGCAUUUUUAUCGAAAAAUCUUCGAACAAAAGCUUGCAUAUUUUACAUGGUUUGUUCUGCUUCACUUGAUUUGUUCUGCAGCAAUUUUGGUAUUAUAAUUCGAUUUGCAACAGAAUAUUUUGGAAAUAAUUUGGUUAAUACUAAUCGUGGUAUUUGUAAAGUACGUGGUUACUUUCUUGUAUGUUUACCAGCGAUGGCUUCAACAGGUGUUUUAUUGGCAACGUUCGACCGAUGUGUAUCAACAUCACCAAAUGCUCGCUGGCGACGAUUGAGUUCUAUUUGGUUUGCUCAACGUCUUUUCAUCGUAUCCAUGCUGUUUAUUUUAAUCUCAGGCAGCUUUCAACUAAUCGUAUAUGAUAUUCGCAAUGGUAUAUGUGCACCAUCACCUGGCCUUGAAUCGAUUAUAGUCACUGUUUAUGGUGCUGCUUUCUGUUUUCUAAUUCCUAAUGCAGGCAUGAUAAUUUGUGGCAUUAUGACAUGGAGGCACUUGCAACAAUCGAAAAAUCGCAUUGCUUCGAUUUCUAACUCCAAUGGUCAAAGUCCUGGUGUUCAGCGAAUGAAUCGACAACUACUCAUUUUAGUAUUUGCAAAUGCUAUUUUGUCUACUUUAUUAACAUUCCAACGUGGUAUCACGUAUUCAUACAAUGUGAUUACAAGUUCCGUACAAAAGAGUGUCGAACGACAACAAGUCGAAUAUUUUAUUCUACAAGUGAGCACUAUACUUUAUUACGCAAACUAUGGUAUGGCUUUUUAUAUCAAUUGUUGUGUGAGUACUAUGUUUCGAAAAACAUUUCGAGAAUCUAUACAAUCACUAAUGAAUAGAUGCUUUCGUCUUUGUAAAUGUGGUCAAAUACAGAAUUAG